CGAAGUACUAUUUGUUUUAGUUUCUAUUGUCUUCAAAUUAUUUAAGAAAAUAAAUGCAAACAGAGCAGUGCAAAAAAUGAAAACAAACUAAAUAAAAAGCUGUUUUGUUGAUAAACAAAAGAUCCAGGUAGCAGCGACCAUCAAGAGAACUGUGGACGGACAGGCAAUUAAAGCGGUUUAGACAAAACGUUAGUGGAGCAACAACAACAACGUCGUAUAAGUGAGCAGCACCAAGAGAGUGGCCCCACAUUCGGUGGUAAACGGUCAAAGCAAACACAUCUUGGUGUCGUCUAGUUGUAUAUUUUUUUGUAGUUUCGUUUAUUUUUGUUUUUUAUUUUCGAUCGGUCGAUUUUGUCUUAAACAUUAACGGGGUAUAUACACACAUAUACAUACGUUAAGACGCGCUCGUUGUUCGUCGGUCUGUCUUUUAGUUUUACAAGUUAAACCAGAAGUGAAAAAGAAAUUUGGCCAAAAUAUCGCCAACAAAAAGAAGUUUAUUUACACGUAACAUAAUGGGUUUACGAUUUCAGCAAUUAAAGAAAUUGUGGCUGUUGUAUUUGUUCCUGUUAUUUUUUGCAUUCUUUAUGUUCGCCUUCAGUAUUAAUUUAUAUUUAACAAGUAUGCAGCCUACACCUGGCCAGGAAAUACUACAACCGAAACCACCAAAAAAACGUUCAAUUUGGCCUAUUAAAAAUGUUGUCGCCCAUUAUAUAGGCAAGGGUGAUAUAUUUGGUAAUAUGACCGCUGAUGACUAUAACAUUAAUUUGUUUAGUCCCAUACAAGGAGAAGGAGCAGAAGGUCGUCCUGUGGUUAUACCAUCUAGAGAACGUUAUCGUAUGCAACGUUUUUUUAGACUUAACAGUUUUAAUAUAUUGGCCAGUGAUCGUAUACCAUUGAAUCGUACACUCAAAGAUUAUAGAACCAAAGAAUGCCGUGAUAUAUCAUAUAAAAUUCAAGAGUUGCCGACAACAUCGGUUAUUAUUGUGUUCCACAAUGAAGCUUGGUCCGUUCUAUUAAGAACACUAACGAGUGUCAUAAAUCGGACACCCAGGAGACUUUUAAAGGAAAUAAUAUUGGUGGACGAUGCAAGUGAUCGAUCUUAUCUGAAAAAGCAACUGGAAAGUUAUGUUAAAGUAUUAACGGUACCAACUCGCAUCUUCCGUAUGCCAACACGAGGAGGUCUGGUGCCUGCUCGUUUAAUGGGUGCUAAACAUGCACGCGGUGAUGUCCUAACAUUCCUCGAUGCUCACUGUGAAUGUUCGAGAGGAUGGAUGGAACCGUUAUUGCAGCGCAUUAAAGAAUCGCGCACUAGUGUCAUAUGUCCAGUUAUCGAUAUCAUAUCUGACGAUAACUUUAGCUAUACGAAGACAUUUGAAAAUCAUUGGGGAGCAUUUAACUGGCAGUUAAGUUUCAGAUGGUUUUCGAAUGAACGAAAAGGAAUGUCAUUAAAAGAUAAUCCUACUAAGCCAAUCAUGACUCCUGCAAUGGCGGGAGGUUUAUUUGCAAUUGAUCGCAAUUAUUUCUAUGAAAUGGGAGCAUAUGAUGAAGAAAUGAAGAUUUGGGGUGGUGAGAAUGUGGAAAUGUCUUUUCGCAUUUGGCAAUGUGGCGGUAGUGUAGAAAUCAGUCCUUGCUCUCAUGUUGGUCAUGUUUUUCGUAGCACUACUCCCUAUACAUUUCCUGGUGGCAUGAGCGAAGUUUUGGGUCAAAAUUUAGCUCGCGCUGCCAUGGUAUGGAUGGACGAAUGGAAAUAUUUUACAAUGCUCUAUACAGCAGGACUUACAGUUUCCAUGCAGGAUAAAAUUAAUAUUAGCAACCGCUUAGCCUUACGUGAACAGCUGCAAUGUAAACCAUUUUCUUGGUACUUGCACAACAUUUGGCCCGAUCAUUUCUUUCCCGACCAUGAUCGUUUCUUUGGCAAAAUCAUUUGGUUGGAUGGCGAGACAGAAUGUGCUCAGGCCUAUAGCAAUCAUAUGAAAAAUAUACCUGGACGUCUUUUAUCUCGUGAAUGGCCAAGAGUGUUUGAUGAAAUCGAAAGUAAUUCAGAAAUGUUUAUGAGUUUAAUCGAUUUGGAUCGAGAUAAAUGUUUGAGACCAGCUAAAGAUGAUGCUCCACGCACUUCUGUGCAACCGGUAACGGUGGGAGAUUGUAAUGCCCAUUCUCAAACCAUGGACAUAUUCGUUAUAACUCCCACUGGUAAAGUAAUGACAAAUAACAAUAUUUGCCUGACUUACAAUGAACCCAAACAAAGUGUAAUAAAAAUGCUAAAAAAUCGCAAUGCAACAACAUCAAAUGUACAUCUAACACCCUGUUCGAAUGAUCCACGCCAAUUGUGGAAUUAUGAUAUGGAUACUCAACACAUAAGUCAUCGCAGCAAUCAACUUUGUUUAACACUAAAAGCAACCGUGUCGGUUAAAACGCACUUGCAGGAAAAAAUAGUCGUGGCCAUGGAAUGUAAUUUUAAUGAUAUUACCCAAAAAUGGGGACUUAUACCACUGCCAUGGAAAAUGUAAAAUUAUUUAUAUUGCCAAGAUACCACCACUGUAAAUUGUAACUUUACACCGAAACUAAAAUUGAAAAGAAUAUAAUGCAAUUAAUUUAGAGCAAUUAGACAAUUUUUAGAGUAAAUUACAAAAAAAAAAAAAAAAAAAAAAAA